AUGAUUUUAGACGACGCGUAUCAUUUCGGCAAAACAAAUUUUGUGAUAGAGUUGGGAGUAUUUAAAUUUUUAAGAGUGGUGACGCCAUUUAUCAAUAAUUUGCAAGAAAAAAAUAAUUAAAUGUGAUGUAGUAUCUGAACCAACGUAGAUGGAUAUAUAUUGCCUUUUUGGUUCCAAUUUUCUAAUCUUGUCGCUCGUAAUCCCAGAAAAGUUCCAACACAUUUUGCGUGUCAUGGGCACGAAUAUCGAUGGAAACCGAAAGGUUAUGUUCGCCAUGACCGCAAUCAAGGGAGUAGGACGAAGAUACGCAAACAUCGUCCUCAAGAAAGCUGACAUUGAUCUGGACAAACGCGCUGGAGAAUGCUCAGAAGAAGAGGUUGAAAAAAUUGUCACGAUCAUGGCCAACCCUAGACAGUACAAAAUUCCAGACUGGUUCCUUAAUAGACAGAAGGACAUCGUCGACGGAAAGUACUCUCAGCUGACCAGUUCCAAUUUGGACUCGAAACUUCGUGAGGAUUUGGAACGCAUGAAGAAAAUAAGAGCCCACAGGGGUCUUCGUCACUACUGGGGCCUCCGUGUCAGAGGACAACAUACCAAAACUACUGGUAGACGUGGAAGAACUGUGGGUGUGUCCAAGAAGAAGUAAAUUCAUUCUUUAUCACUAUCAAUAAAUUUUCAAAAAAUCGAAA